GAUGGGGAGAUUCAAAUGAAAGAGACCCGGCCACUUCCAGAUGGAGCAAGAACACCAUUGCUUGAACAACAGUGUUUCUUAGCCAAAGAUCCAUCCACCUCGCCUUCUUCAACAGCCCAAGGUCAGAACUCAGAACUUAGAAGCUUCAACCGAUUGAAGGUGUCCACUAAAUUUUCAACACGAUCAAGCAUGUGCCAUUUGGGACGAAAGUAGUUGGAUAAUUGAUUUUCCUGAAUUGCAAAUUGCCGACUUUCAUCCAUGUUCAAAUGCCCACACAUCGCGGAAAAAAGGGUCAUCGGUUUAGGAAAUAGUUUGAUCGAUGACAAAAUUUUUUUUUUCUUUUUAAUAGGAAACCGUGGCAAUCGGAUUCCGAUUAGGUGCCGACUACUGUGAUUAAAAUCCGAUUUGGCUUGGGAUUUUAUAGACGACAUCACAAUAAGAUAUAAGCAGCUAUACUCGAGCCCUCUUUCCUGACACAAUUCCAUAACGUUGAGUCUGCACAAUUCAUCAAACAGUAAGAGGAAAGACUGCCUUUUUCACUUUUCGACCAGAAUAACAUAAGCAGCAGCAAAGCACCGCCAGGCACCAGGUUUGGAUUAAUUUCCCGGCUACGGUUUCGAUUCUGUCCUGGAACGGAAGAAAGAGGAACUCGCAAACUAAGGAAAGCCGACUAGCUGUUUGAGUAAUUGACUGACAGACCCAUUAACCCUCUUCUUCGCUGCUCCAUUACAGUUUGGAUUCGCCAUCACAGUUUACUAUGAUGUAUGGAGGAGAUGUACACCAGAACCCGCACCAGCAACACUAUUCGCCUGUCCCCCCCGGUCCACCGCCCAUGCAUCAACCAUACCUACAGAGGGGUCCAACACAGCUUCCGGGUCGGCCCCCCUCAGCAGCUUUGUCCACCACUGUUAAUGCUCAGCCACCUCCGCCCGAACAUCAUCAUCAUCAUGUACAGCCUCCUAAUCUCCACACUCAUCCUCCUCCUUAUGAGUCUCAUGUUGAUAACUUUCCCGCCAAAAGAAUGAGAAAGAUUGGGCAAAGGAGGGCUGUAGAUUAUACAAGCACUGUUGUCCGGUAUGCACUGAUUCGAAUGUGGCAACGUGAUUCGCGGUACAGGACUGUCUUACAACCAACGCCGGCUGCUGUUGUUGAUAUGCUGCCAACUACGGCUUAUUCAGACAAUCCAUCCACAAGCUUUGCUUCCAAGUUUAUACAUACUUCCCUAAACAACAAAAACCGCUGCUCCAUUAAUCGCGUUCUGUGGGCUCCGAAUGGAAUGCUCAUCACUGGAUCUCAGAGCGGCGAAUUUACCCUAUGGAAUGGACAGUCAUUUCAUUUUGAAAGGGUAUUGCAGGCUCAUGAUCAAGCAGUCAGGUCGAUGGUGUGGAGUUAUAAUGAUAACUGGAUGGUUACAGGUGAUGAUGGCGGUGCAAUAAAGUAUUGGCAAAACAACAUGAAUAAUAUCAAAGCCAAUAAUUCUGCUCACAAGGAAUCAGUUCGUGAUUUGAGUUUCUGCGCGACCGAUUUGAAAUUUUGCUCCUGCUCUGAUGACACAACCGUUAAGGUGUGGGACUUUGCUCGGUGUCAAGAAGAGCGGUCUUUGACUGGCCAUGGUUGGGAUGUCAAAAGUGUCGACUGGCAUCCUACAAAGUCUUUGUUAGUUUCAGGUGGAAAAGACCACCUUGUCAAACUUUGGGAUGCAAAGUCGGGAAGGGAGCUUUGUUCAUUUCAUGGACAUAAGAAUGUUGUGUUUUGUGUCAAAUGGAAUCAGAAUGGAAACUGGGUCCUUACUGCUUCAAAAGAUCAACUUAUCAAGCUUUAUGAUAUAAGGACUAUGAAGGAGCUUGAAUCCUUCCGCGGUCAUCAGAAGGAUGUCACUGCAUUGGCUUGGCAUCCGUUUCAUGAGGAGUAUUUUGCUAGCGGCAGUCUUGAUGGAUCGAUUUUUCACUGGGUUGUUGGGGAAGACGGUUCGCAGGUUGAAACUUCUAAGGCUCAUGACAACAGUGUUUGGGACCUUGCUUGGCAUCCCACUGGACAUAUUCUGUGCAGUGGUGGUAACGAUCAGGCGACAAAAUUUUGGUGCCGUAAUAGACCUGGUGAUCAAUCUCGUGAGAAAUUAAGUGCGGGCUUUGGAGAGCAGAGCACAGGUUUAAGCAUGCCUAGCGCUUUUCCUGGACUUGAGGGACCAACAACUCCAGUUCCAUAUGCUGCUGGAUUAAUAAGAAAUGAAGGUACUAUACCAGGAAUUGGAGUUCCUAUGCCAUUUUCGAUUGAUUCAUCUCCUCAGGAGGAUAAGAAGCCACCUAUGUCGGUUCCAAUGCCUUUUGGUGCUCCUCCCCUUCCGCCUGGGCCUCAUCCAUCUCUUUUUUCUGUCAGUCAGCCUUAUCAACAAAAUGCUCAUCAAGCACAGCAGCAUCAAGCAUUGGGUCAGCCUUCAACCCAUCAGUCUUUGUUGCCACAUGUUCAUAUACCUCCUCAGCCGCAACCUAUUAAUAGACCUUCAAGCCUUCCUCCUUCUAUGCAAGGCAAUAUGAAUCAGAUGGUGCCACCAAUGCCUCAAGGGCACUUCAUGAACCUGAACACCACGUCUUCUGGGUUACUGAAAAUGCAAGGCCCCUCUAUAGCAACUGGACACCAAAUGUUUCCGCAGAUAGGUGGCCUUAAUAGGCCACAAGCUGGGCAGAUGCCAAUAAUGCCAGGACAUAAUCCCUUCCAGCCUGGGAAUCCAAACAAUGCACCGAUCGGAAGCUUGCCAUCUAAUUUUAAUCGCAUCCCAGGGAUGCAACCACCGCUGCCUCGUGGACUUCCUCCCCGUAAUCAAAUUCAUCAAUGAAAAUUAGCAUAGAUGUAUAUCAGCUGCAGCCUAGAAUUGAGAUGAACAUGUAUUCUUUUUUUUUUCUUUGGUGGAAAAAAUAGAAGGGUUCUCUGAACCAGGUCAUACGGAUCUCUCUGCACCAUGCUGCUUCUUAUUAAAAACCUCUGUUCUGUUUUAUCUUGAAGUUGAUUUAUUUUUUAUGUGCAAAUUUCUUUUGAG